CCCUAAACCUGUGACGUAAGUUCUAUCCUCAAAGACAAAUAACUCUUGUUGUUUUCUCGUGAUCAUAUCCUCAUAAAAGAUCCAAUUCGUCGUUUCGUGUACCUAUUGUGGAUUUAGUGAUCAUCAUUUUAUGACUAUUCCCCAUAACUGUUAUACCCAACCACAGCUACAACAGCAACGACAAGACCAACACAACUCCGAAGAAAUAACUAUUACGACACGACAAAUCAGCCCAGACGAGGACCCAGUCACGAUUAUCCACCCAGAUACCAUGUCUAGGCUCGGAGAAGCAGUCGGCGGGCUGAGCAGUCCGCUUGGUAAAGCUACCGAAAAUGUUCCCGGGGUAGGGAACGAUAGUUACCCACAAGAAACCGCGUCGCAAGCAUCGGUACCCCGUUCUAUUCCGGAUACAUCCGAGGGAAAUGAAGGCGAAGGCGAGAUGGUCCCAGCAGCGGGACGCAUCAACGACAAAGGAGAGGUAAUUGAUGAUGAUGGAACACCUAUCGGCAAGGUGACUCAAGCCGACGUGAAGAAUCUUGCCGGUUUGAUUGUCACGCAGGAGGGUGACAUACUUGACGAAGAUGGAGGUGUGGUCGGCAAAGCCGUACCACUGGAGAACGUAGCGUCUGAAUUUAACUACACGACAAAGUCCGGUAAGGACAUCGCUACGCAAGGACAAGAAAGUAAGCAACUGCAGGGUGGCGGCGGAAGUAGAUUCGGUGGUGCCCUCUCCGGAAUCACAGGGACCGCCCAUUCUGCCUUUGGUGGAAUCACUGGAGGUCUCGGCCGGGCUACCAAAGGCGUUGCGGGGGCUACUGGUGAUAAAUCGAAAGGUAUUACUGGCACCGCCGGCGAAGCGACCGGGACAAAGGGUGUUACGGGUGAACUUGGCGACACGUUUCCAAACGUCCUGGAUACGGCCGGUGACACAGCCGCAGAUGCAACGCCAGCCAUUGGCGAUGCUACACAAGGUAUAACGGAAGCUGCUGAAGGAACUGCAAAGGACAUUGACGUACGAGAGAUAUCUGAUGUUGCUGAUGAUGCAGACAUUGCUGAAAAGACAGCGCAAGGCGACGUUCCGGACGCACAAGAGCUUGAAGAGGGGGGAGCUCCGAUUGUACUCAAGGACAUGGACCCCGAACUCGGCUCUAAAAUCGAUGACCUCGCGAACGAAGGUCUUGUACCAAUUGAUAUCCCAUCGUUAUCUCCGUCAGUUGCGAAUAAAGUCGUAGCACUGUUUGAAGGACCGUUCACUAUCGCAGACGGCGGCAAGAUCACCGAUAAACAGGGAAAGGUCAUCGGCAAGUUGGCUAAUGGCUCAGACAUCCAAGACCUAGUGGGUAAGGAUGUUAAGGAAAUAGACACCCAAGGAAACCUACUAGCUGAGAGCGGUACCAUUGUCGGUAAAGUUGAUAUUGCUCCCGAAGGCUCGAUCGCUCAACGCAUCAAGGAAGAGGUUCCCGAAGCCGCAGACCGCCUUAAUGCUCUGGAGCUGCAAGCACAACAAGUUGCGCCGAUCCAGAUCCCUUCUUUUGCUCCAUCAGUUGCCGAUAAGGUUAUCGCAAUGUUUGAAGGUCCCUUCAAUAUCGCCGAGGAUGGUCAGGUCACGGACCAGAAGGGCAAGAUACUUGGCAGGCUUGCGGAAGGUCAGGAAUACGAGCACUUAGUCGGUAAGGAUAUCAAAGGUAUUGAUGGCCAAGGAAACUUGCUUGGCGACAACGAAACUGUCCUUGGCAAGAUUGACUUGGUGCCUGAAGGCACAAUCGUCGAGCGCAUAAAGGAGGAAGUGCCAGAAGCUGCGAUGAGGCUCGAUGCUCUCGAAGCCGCCAAGCACCAAGCAGAAGAACAGACUAGACUACCAGAUAUCUCCAUUCUUGAGGGUAAGAAGAUCAACAAGGCCGGUAACGUUGUCGAUGAUAACGGCAACCCUAUCGGUAAAGUGAAGAGCGGUGAUAUUAAGAAGCUCAUUGGAAAGGCUCCCGAUAUGAACGGAAAAGUUUGGGAUAGCCAAGGAAAUAUCAUUGGCGAAGUCGAAGUUCUGCCUGAGGCUGUUCAGAAUGUGGCAGCGCCGUUUGAAGAUUUUCCAGAUGCUACCGUCGAUAAAUUUGGCAAAGUCAUCUACGAAGGCCGCCAAGUUGGUGUAGUAUCUGGUGAUGAUUUCCAAAAGUUAAUCGGCAAGAAGGUUGACGCUGACGGUGAUAUCCUCGACAAGAACGGCAACGUCAUUGGGCACGCUGAGCGUGCUGAGGCCGAGGAGCCCGUGGAGGCCGAGGAGGAGGAAGUUGAUUACUCUAUGCUCCGUGACAAGAAAGUCAACAAGCUAGGUAAUGUCGUGGAUGAUAAAGGUCAGAUUUGGGGCCACGUGGUGCAAGGUAUUCUCAAGCAUCUUGUUGGGAAAAGGGUCGGCGACCAGGGAGAAAUAUUCAAUGACGCUGGCCAAGUCAUCGGCAAAGCUGAACCUAUCCCGGACAGCGAACGUGCAGAAGUGAAAGAGCCUGCGCCAUUUGAAGACUAUCCUGAUGCAAUUGUGGGCGAUCAAGGAAAGAUUAUGUCUGCUGGGGAGCAAAUCGGCAUCCUAGUAGAGGGUGAUCCUAAGAAACUAAAGGGGAAGCCUGUCGAUGCCGAUGGUGACAUCCUCGACAAGACAGGGAACCAAUUGGGCCAUGCGGAGCGGUGGGAAGAGGAAGAACCCGAACCUGAGCCAGAAAUCGAUAACUCGGCUCUGGCUGGCAAACGUAUCAACAAGGCUGGUAAUGCCGUCGAUUCGCACGGCGAUAUCUAUGGCCGUGUAGUUGAGGGUGAUCUUAGACGCCUUAUCGGGAAGAUGUGUGACAAGAAUGGGUUCAUACGCAACGAAGGAGGCGAUAUUAUCGGAAAAUGUGAGCUCAUACCUGAAGCUGAGCGUGAAGGUAUGAAAGAAGGCCCCUUCACCGAGCUCCCAGGCUGUACUGUCAACAGGGAAGGAAAGGUCGUGACGCCUGGCGGGGAUGUUGUUGGACGACUCGUGUCUGGUGACCCGAAAAUUCUAUUUGGCCGUGCCGUCGAUGAUGAUGGCGAUAUAUGCGAUAAAAAUGGAAACGUUCUCGGCCACGCCGAACGUUGGGAAGAAGAUCCAAUCCCUAAGGACAUUAAUCCCAUGUCAGGUCGUAAGGUUAACCGCGAAGGUAAUGUUGUUGACGAAAAUGGCGACCUCAUGGGAAAGCUUACAUCUGGUACCUUGAGCGAGUGCGCUGGCAAGAAGAUCGACGAUGAUGGUGACGUUGUCGACGGCAAAGGAAACGUCAUGGGACAUUGUUCCCUACUCGAAGAGAUACCUCAGACUCCCGAACCCGAGGAGACCGAAGAGGAGAAACAGGCCCGUCUGCAGCUUGAACAAGACAAGAAGAUUGCUGGACAGAUUUCAUUUUGCAUUGAGCAGUCUCUUGAUAAGAUCAAGCCGAUUUGCAAGAUGAUUGUUGAUAGGAUCGACUCCGAGGAGCGCAAACCAGAAGACGAGCGUGACGAAGAAGAGCUUGUUAAGCAAGUCCGCCCCUUAAUUGAAGAGGGCGGCAAGAUCCUUACAGAGGCUAACGGCGUAAUUCGCGGUCUCGACCCAGACGGCCGUAUCUCAGCUAACGCAAAGCACAAGACUGCAGCACGCGAAGCAACACCUGAAGAAUACCGUCUCGCAGAUUUGCUGAAAGAACUUACUGGUACCGUAACCGAAACCAUCGAGAAUGCCAAGCGCAAACUCGAGAACCUACCACAUGCCAAGAAAGGCAUCAACCCACUCUGGGGUCUUCUAUCCGAGCCUUUAUUCCAGAUUGUCGCAGCCGUCGGUCUGCUUCUAAGCGGUGUCUUGGGCCUUGUCGGCAAACUUCUUAAUGGACUUGGCCUAGGAGGUUUGGUCAACAAUUUAUUAGGCGGUCUCGGUCUAACUAGAGUUCUAGAUGGCCUUGGGCUAGGCCCGAUUCUAGCUCCCAUUACUGGGAGCAAAAAGAAAUAAUCUGAUGCAAUGCAUGAGGAAGUAUGGGCAUUGACAUGCUUGUAAUGAAUGGUUCUGUAAUAUUUUCGCUCACAAUUUUAUGUCUGGGAUUUCAAAGGAACACCAGGAAAGCUUAGGGGCACAUAAAUAGGUGGUUUCAGCAGGUAAAAGUGAUCAUUAUUCUAUAUAGGUAUCUACUAGCUAGGAAUAAUAGGUAAAUACAUCAC